UAGCCCACUUACAACCCAAGAAAAUCCAACGCUUUUAUGGGGGUACGUCGAAAUCCAGUGGCAAAGGACUCUGCUUUGCAUCGGCAACGCAUAAGAUCUGUGGGCGUAUAUAAUAUGUAAGUAUCUGUAUCAGAAUGGUUGGUGAAAGGCAGGGGAAAUACGGGGAAAAACUGAAAGAGGGAUGCAGAUGGAGAUUGAGUACGAAGAGAACGAGACAAAAAAGUUCAAGAGAUUCAACAAAACUGGGAAAUUUGCAGCUGCUGCUGCUUCUUCUUCCGCAUCUAUUAACAAUCUUGACGAUGGUUGCCUCAUGCACAUCUUCAGUUUCUUAUCCCCUCUUCCAGAUCGCUAUAACGCUGCCCGCGUUUGCCAGAGAUGGCAUUACUUAGCGGGUCACCCUCGCUUGUGGCUGCGAGUAGACCGAUCCAUUAAAGAUUUAUCAGAACCUGGAGUUUUCCCAAAUAUUGAAUCAGCUGUAUCAGCAGCAAGACCUGGCGACACCAUUCUAAUUGCAGCAGGCGGGAUUCAUCAUGCAUCUAAUAUUCAGAUUGAAAAACCUCUUUGCCUGAUUGGUGGAGGUGAGCGUCCGGAUGAAACUACCCUCAUCUGUUCUCGAGGUUCAGACAGUGCAUUGGAGUUCCUAUCCACCUGCAAGUUGGCAAAUUUAACAGUGAAAGCAGAGCUUGGUUACUGCUUGCUUCAUAGGAGUGGAAAGCUGACCAUAGAUGGCUGCAUUCUUCAAUGUGAGUCAAACCCUUUGGAUUACCUUUCAUGUCCUAUUGUCAGUACAGCCGGUUGCCAUGCAGUGUUUCCGUCAACUUUUAAGGCUCGUGGUGAUAGAGUUUCUGUCUCUCACACCCGGAUUGAAGGAGGCACUAAGGCUGUCUUGACAAGUGGCGACCUAGCACUGCAGCGUGUUCGAGUGAUUUAUGCUCGCACUUCUCACUAUUUCUGGUUUGAUGUAGAUUACCAAUGAUGAUUAUUGCCACAGCUUGUAUGCAAGUUUAUGUCUCUGUUCAAGUAAAGUUCUAUUUUUUAUUACAUAAUUUAUUUGAAAGGUCUCAAGAUUGUAUGUUCUCCAAGUGUACUUUCAAUAAUCUUUACUGUUCAGUUUGAACAGAGUUGAUGAUUGGUCAGCGAAAAGAAUUGUAACUUUAGAACAUUCUCACAAAAAGAAAGUUACUGAUUAAUGGCCAGCAUUUGCAAUUGCUGUGUUUGUAUA